UUUGUAGUUGUCACAUAUUAUUUUCUUCACUCUUUCAAAGAGGAACAAGAACAACCACACUAACAAACAAAGAGGAGGAGAGAGAAAAAGUAAACGUUGGAAAUUUCACACAGAAAAAAGGGGAGCCGUUUUGUUUUUCUUCCUUCUGCCUUUCAAUUUUCUUCCUCUCUCUAAAACAGCUUAACUCUCUCUCUCUUAAUUCACCAUGAAAUAAAUGCAUCGUUGAAUUAUAAAGAGAAAGAAAGUGUUAGAUUCUAAAAAUCCCCAUUUUCAGAGAGUGUGAGAAGUUCAAAAGAGUUCAUCAAUGGCGGCGAUUUUGAAGCUAAUUUUACUGGGUUUUGUGUGCUUUACUGGGUUAAUCAUAAGACCCUGUUUGGCUGGCGAUCCUACGGUUACCUAUAAUUUUGUUUACUCUUUCAAAAACCUUUCUCCAUUGGGUGUUUCUCAACAGGUUAUAGUGGUCAAUGAUCAGUUUCCGGGGCCUAUAGUCGAAGCCGUGACCAAUAACAAUCUUGUUAUUGAUGUGAAAAAUAAAUUAGAUGAAGAUCUUCUGGUUAAUUGGAAUGGGAUUCAAAUGCGGGAUAAUCCUUGGCAAGAUGGUGUGAGUGCAACAAACUGUCCUAUUCCUCCCAAAGGGAAUUUCACAUACCAGUUCCAGGUCAAGGACCAGAUUGGAAGCUUCUUUUACCACCCAUCUACUCACUUUCAAAGGGCUUCUGGAGGGUUUGGCCCCUUUAAGAUUGACAACAGGAGUGUCAUUCCUCUACCUUUCCCUAAACCAGAUGGCGAUAUUGUUCUCAUGAUUGGGGAUUGGUAUACCAGAGACUAUAAGGAACUGAGGGAAGUCUUAAAAGCCGGAAAGGAUUUGGGAAUACCUGAUGGGGUUCUUAUCAAUGGAAAAGGACCUUAUCAAUAUAACACCACCCUUGUUCCUGGUGGUAUUGAGUAUGAGAACAUUCCAGUUGAGCCAGGCAAAACGUACCGAUUACGAGUACAUAAUAUUGGAAUCUCAACCAGUUUGAACUUCAGAAUUCAAAAUCACAUUUUGAAGUUGGUUGAAACUGAAGGAUAUUACACAACGCAAACAAACUACAGCAACUUUGACAUCCAUGUUGGCCAGUCAUAUUCAUUUCUUGUAACAAUGGAUCAGAAUGCUAGCAGUGAUUAUUACAUUGUAGCAAGUGCUAGGUUUCAGAAUGAAUCUCAAUGGGAGCGAGUCACUGGUGUAGGAAUUCUGCACUAUUCCAAUUCUCAAGGACAAGCUGCUGGCCCUCUCCCUGACCCCCCUAAUGAUUUUUACGACAAGACUUGGUCUAUGAACCAGGCAAGAUCUAUCAGGCAAAAUGGAUCUGCGAGUGGAGCUCGUCCUAAUCCACAAGGCUCUUUCCAUUAUGGGACCAUCAAUGUGACACAGACUUAUAUUUUUCAGAGUUUGCCACCAACAGUUAUUGAUGGAAAGAAAUAUGGUGCAACUCUUAAUGGCAUUUCUUUUCUGAAACCUGUCACUCCAAUAUUGCUGGCUGACUUGAAGGAUUUGAAGGGCGACUACAAGCUUGAUUUCCCCAGCAAGCCGCUGACAGGACAUCAUCGGUUAGACCACUCAAUUAUCAACGGCACAUUUAAAGGAUUUGCUGAAAUUAUAUUUCAGAACAAUGAUACAGUGAUGCAGACCUUUCAUGUGGAUGGAUUUUCGUUCUAUGUUGUUGGGAUGGAUUAUGGUGUAUGGACUGAGGACAGGCGUGGUAGCUAUAACAAUUGGGAUGCUAUUUAUCGCUGCACUGUACAGGUCUAUCCCGGGGCUUGGACAGCUGUGCUUAUUUAUCUCGACAAUCCAGGGACGUGGAAUAUCAGAACAGAAAACCUUGAUAGGUGGUAUCUGGGCCAAGAAACAUACAUAAAGCUUGUCAACCAUGAAGAUAAGGGCACCCUAUUUGCUCCCCCUGAUAAUGUUAGAUACUGUGGUGCUCUGGCCAGCUUACAGACGAAAGAAAAUCGGGCACCAUCAAUCAAUGGGAACAUGAAGUUGGCUGUGAUAAUGCUGGUGGUCGUCUUGGUUGCUCUUGUGGAUUUGCACUAGAACAUUUUAUUAUUUAUAGUGUUUUUGUCUUCCAUAGAUAGGCACAUGAAAGUCUCAUAAAAUAGUACAGAGUUUUGAUGUGUUGAUAUUUGAGGCCGAAAGCGGCAUUGGUGUAGCUUCUCCAACUGUAAAAACAGCCCUUAGCUAGGGCGUUUCCUUCAAGUGUUGAUUUGAUGUAGUUCGAUGGCGAUAAGCUAAGCUUAAGCUAUUUGGAAAUACCAUUAAAAUUCUACUAACACAGUUUAGUUUUAUAUUGGCAAGAGUUUUUUCAUCCUC